AUGAAUAAUACCAUUGAUUUUACCUUACCUGCUCAAAUUAUUAUUACAAUUGAAGGAAUAUUUGGCACAAUAUUCAAUAUUGUAGCUAUCACUGUUGUGUUCACUUCACAAUUCGGUUCAAAAUUUACUACAUUUGUAUUUAGAGCACAACCAAUAUUUGAUUUAAGUGCAUGUUUCGUAACAACAAUCUAUUAUAUCAUUCAAUUUACUAAAGAUUAUGAUAAACCUACAGGAUUAUAUAUUAUUGAUAUAAUUUUAUGCCAUUUUUGGUUUCAGAAUUCACUAUUCUGGUUGCCAUGUAUCUUAAGUGUGCAAAAUCUAGUUUGUAUAUCAUUGGACCGAGUGAGUUCUGUCAUAUUUCUUAGAUCGCUUAA